ACUUCAUCACAUUGGGCGUGACUUUUAGUACUGUAGCCAAUCCCCUGUCCCCAUUCUAUGAUGGGCGUGGCAUAUAUUCAGUGCCCAGAAGCCGAAGCUAACUCGGAUAAACAACUAACUUAGCUUGUCAGCUAGUUAGCAACUUCUGACAUGGCGUCGUUAACGGCGACAGAACCAGCGACAUGCCCGGGUGCAAUACCAGCAGCAGAAUCCAUAGUGCCCGCUUGCAUGUUUGCACCGGACCAGGGAUGUGCCGACGAUCCAUGCAGCGUAGAAGGCUUUGAGGACGGCGAGUGUCCAAACGGCGAGUCCGCGGAUCAUUUAGACUUGAGCAGCAAGCUGGUCCUAGUGAGUCCAACAGGGCAACAGUAUGAUUCACUACUACGACAUCUGAGGGAGCAGAUAGAUGAGGGCUGCGGAGAGACAAUCUUUGUGGUUGGGAUGGGCUCAGAUGGGGGUGAUUACGGUCUGGAUGACAAAGACAUGGAAGCGUCUGUUGCCACGGUGCGGUCGCUGUGUGAACAGAUAGAGGCUGACCUGAUCUUGCUGAGGGAGCGGACAGACACUGGCGGAAAGAUUCAGGACUACCUCAUCCGCCGGCGUGUGGGCGAGCAGGAUUUCCUGGAAGUCAGAGUGGCGGUGGUAGGGAAUGUGGACGCGGGGAAGAGCACUCUGCUGGGGGUUUUGACCCAUGGUGAGCUGGACAAUGGCAGAGGCUUUGCUCGCCAGAAGCUCUUUAGACACAAACAUGAAAUGGAGAGUGGCAGGACCAGCAGUGUGGGCAAUGAUAUCCUGGGUUUUGACCAGGAGGGACAGGUGGUGAACAAGCCAGACAGCCACGGCGGCAGCCUAGACUGGACCAAGAUCUGUGAGAAAUCCUCAAAAGUGAUCACCUUUAUCGACCUGGCUGGCCAUGAGAAGUACCUCAAGACCACUGUGUUCGGCAUGACGGGACACCUGCCUGAUUUCUGCAUGCUCAUGGUCGGCAGUAACGCUGGCAUCGUUGGCAUGACCAAAGAGCAUCUAGGUCUGGCUCUGGCCCUAAAUGUGCCAGUGUUUGUAGUGGUUACUAAGAUAGACAUGUGUCCGGCCAACAUCCUGCAAGAGACGCUAAAAUUAUUGCAGAGGUUAUUGAAGUCCCAAGGCUGCAGGAAAAUCCCAGUGCUGGUCCAGAACAAGGAUGAUGUCAUCGUCACAGCCUCCAACUUCAGCUCUGAGAGGAUGUGUCCAAUUUUUCAAAUCUCAAAUGUGACGGGGGAGAACAUGGAUCUGCUGAAGAUGUUCCUCAACCUCCUCUCUUCUCGGACCAACUUCAACAACGACGAGCCUGCCGAGUUCCAAAUAGACGACACAUACUCAGUACCGGGGGUGGGCACAGUAGUUUCAGGAACUACGUUACGUGGAAUGAUACGCCUCAAUGACACACUGCUCUUAGGCCCAGACCCGCUGGGCACCUUCAUCCCCAUAGCAGUCAAAUCCAUCCACCGCAAGAGGAUGCCUGUCAAAGAGGUUCGCGGUGGACAGACGGCAUCCUUUGCGCUCAAAAAGAUCAAACGUUCAUAUAUAAGGAAAGGCAUGGUGAUGGUUUCCCCAAAGUUGAUGCCACAGGCCACCUGGGAGUUUGAGGCGGAGAUUUUGGUGCUGCAUCACCCCACCACGAUAUCCCCAAGAUACCAGGCCAUGGUCCACUGUGGCAGCAUCAGGCAGACCGCCACCAUCCUGACCAUGAACAAAGACUGUCUGCGGACAGGGGACAAGGCCACAGUCCAUUUCCGCUUCAUUAAGACUCCUGAGUACCUGCACUAUGACCACAAACUGGUGUUCAGGGAAGGACGCACCAAAGCUGUGGGCACCAUCACCAAGCUUCUCCAAGCAGUGAACACCCAGGCAGCGAAGGCCCAGCAGGCCAAGAUGCAGGCCAGUAAGAAGACUUUUAAAGAGGGCACGGCAGCCAAUGAAGAGGCUGGAUCGACAGCACGACCGCCCAGUCCUAACACAGCACAGCUACCACUCAAGUCGGGAGGCGGAGGCCGCAGGAGAGGCGGUCAGAGACAUCGAGGGAAAGGCCUGAGCGCUGAAACUAUCUCCACAGCCGUGCCCGCAGGAGCGGCCGGCACAGCCUAAUAAACACAUCCCAUCUCUUCUCUUUGUGCAGGGAGGGGAAAGUGACUGCAUGGCUCUCCGGUUGGUUGCGUACCGAAUGCACAUGUUUCUUUAAUACAAAAUGACAAUUUUCA